AUGCGCUUGCUGGAUUUUUAUUCCGUCGUGCUCCCCUUGGGGCUUGCACUGACUAGUGCUGCCAAUGCGGUUGUGGUCAAAAGUGGCCAAAAUACCUGCAUCGUCAAGGCCAAUGGCCAUCAAAAAGACGAUGUCCCCAAUAUCCUCAAAGCAUUCAAAGAAUGUGGUCACGGCGGCACAGUCAUCUUCCCAGAAGACCAAUCCUACUGGAUCGCAACUCGUCUCAAUCCCGUUAUCAACGACGUGGUAAUUGAAUGGCGGGGAAAAUGGACUUUCUCCGAUGACCUGGAUUACUGGCGUAACAACUCUUACCCAAUUGCUUUCCAGAACCACCAUGCUGGGUUCGUCAUCACGGGACACAACAUCAAGAUUGAUGGGUAUGGCACCGGUGGGAUUGAUGGGAAUGGUAACGUGUGGUAUACUGCUGAACAGGGAACUACACUACCUGGACGGCCAAUGCCUUUUGUGUUCUGGAAUGUGUCCGAUGUCAGCGUGGACAAUUUCUACGUCAAGGAUCCCCAGCUGUGGAGCUUGAAUAUCAUGAAUGGUACCAACAUGCGCUUCAACAAUAUUUACUGCAAUGCCACUGCAGUUAACGCGCCCUACGGCAAGAACUGGGUGCAGAAUACGGAUGGAUUUGAUACCAUGGACGUAAACAACGUCGAAUUAACCAACUUCGUCUACCAAGGCGGCGAUGACUGCAUCGCCAUCAAGCCACGCUCCUACAACGUCAACAUCCACAAUGUGACCUGUCGCGGCGGCAACGGAAUAGCCAUCGGCAGUCUAGGCCAAUACCUCGAAGACUCCAGCGUGUCCAACAUCAAAAUCGACACUGUCAAAAUCAUCCGGUACAACGAGGAUAUGCACAACAGCGCUUACAUCAAAACCUGGGUCGGCGCACUAGUCCCACAAAGCUCCUACGAAAGCGCCGGUCAGCCCCGCGGCGCAGGCUGGGGCAGUGUAACCAACGUGUUAUUCUCGAACUUCGACAUUCAAGGCGCGAACUCGGGACCUGCAAUUACGCAGGAUAAUGGGAAUAAUGGCUCGUUGUCCGGAACGAGUCUGAUGAGUAUUUCGAAUGUGGCGUUUGUGAAUUUUACGGGGACGAUUGAUACGAGUAAGAGUACGACUGCGUCGGUGUCGUGUUCGAAAGCCCAUCCGUGUUAUAAUAUUGAUUUUGAUAAUGUGGUAUUGUAUCCGGUUAAUUCGACGACGGCUGGGACGGGCACGUGCAAGUAUACGGCGGAUGGGGGGGUUCAUGGGUUGAGUGGCUGUUGA